UGCGUUUUAGCAACUCUCUGUCAUUUUCAGCAGAAUAAACCAGUUUCAAAACUUUCCUUUGAUAAAUUUCAUCACCGAAGUUGAUGACAGAUCUGUGUCUAAGUUAAUUCCAGCCGUUUUCCGCAUCAUGUUUCUUCUUCCGGGAAGACAUGAAGUUUCUAUAUUUAGCAUGUGAAAGUCACGUGAUCAUUACAGAUAAAAAAAUUGACACUAUUUUUAAGUUUUCUGGUUUUUACGUGGUAGACAACCCAAGUAAAUUUCGAAUUGGAAAAAUGGGCAAAAGCUGCAAAAGAUACAUGUGUCGUAAGCGAUACGAUAACCAGUAAGUGAGAUUCAAUGCAAUUUACACAAAAAUAUAAAUUUCAUGAAAGUUUUUGACAAUUUCUUUUUCUUGCAAUUGUAUCAUCUUGUGUCUAGUCCCUUUAAUAUAUAAACCUUUCAAGUUAUGAUAUUUUAAGCUAAUAUGAAGUGCUUGCAUUUCUCUCGUACGCGGGCGCCACACACUGUAUAAUAGGUGGUUGUAAAGGUCACUAGGUUUAUGUUCAUCUAGCAUAUGGUAAUAAUUUGACGACGUACUAGAAGAUAAAUAUGGCCAGUCCUUAAAACCAAAUUUUCAAGUAAGUUAUGCAAAUAAAAAAUGGUAUCGCCAAUGAGCAAUGGGGAGUUGGUGGGAAAAUAUGAGUAAAUCAUUAUGGCUGGAAAAAUAGCAGCAAUUUGCCAUCAUUUUAUUAAGUUGGAAGAUAAUUUAUGCUUUAAACGAUGUCAAUUUAAAAUAUUUCACGGCUAGGACCUUUAUAUUGUAUUAACAUGAGUUUUUGUGUCAUAAGGAAACAAUGAUUCGGCUGAUGAUUGUCGCCAUAGCGUUGACCCUGGCGCUGCUGCUAAUGACUCCCCGGGCUGAAGGAUGUUCUUGCCUUCCACGAACGCCCGCGGAAAUCUAUUGCAAGUCGGACUACGCGGCCCUUCUUAAAGUAGUGGAUGUUUCUGAGCCUUUCUAUGAUGAUAGCAUGCAGCCAGGGCCUUGGAAUAUGCCCUUGUUUGAUUAUGAUAUAGAAGUUCUGACGGAUUUCAAGGGAAAUAUCUUCUCGAACCCAUUGCUUCAAGCCAGCAGUAACGAUGGAUUGUGCGGUGUCAGUUUUGGUAAUGGAACCUACCUCAUUAUGGCAGACUUUGCACCAAACGUGAGGCCUGGUGGACACGGAAAAGUUAUCACUUCAUGGUCGUGCGCUUUCAACCGUUACAUUGAUUCCUCAAACCCAGAGAUGGCCGCGGCCGAAGUUGCGUCAUACAUGUCCUUUCUAACUGAUGAUUUCUCGUGCGAAAAUGUCAGUAAGAAGCGUACGCUGAAGGAGUCGUUCGCAAAGAAGUUCAAUUCAGCACUGGAAGAAGACCGUGGAAAAUUGUCCGCUUUGCAAGAACAGGCUAGAAAAGCCCAAUUAGGCCUGCAACGGAAAGUCGAUGCAGGCCGGGAACAGACAGGCUACGCCAACUUCUCAAGGCUGCGUUUAAUUCCUUCGCAAAUACUUUAAGAUUUUUAUGCAUUUACUCAAAUGAAUCAAAACCAUGUAGUUUUAGAUACUUGAAAUACUCAUUUGGUAUGUGGACUACCCAUACACUUUCCAUUCCAUUCGGCACAAUAUGACUUUACUUAAUGCUUUACGAGCUCUGAUUUGAACUGUUAAAGUGUAUAAUAUGCAUUAAGUAAUGGUUAAAGGUUGUUAGUAUGUACUUACACAAGUAAAUGGUUUAAUGCGACACAGUCACAUAACCAUGAAUUUUGUGUAAACACAACAAUCUUAAAAAAGUCAAUUAAGAGCCAAUAAAGGUUAUUAAAAACAUAGAAAAUAUUCUUAUGAAUGAACACACUCACCAAAAGA